AUGGCACCCUCUGUAGCUCCAACGGAUUACGAUGUUAAGAGCAUCUCAAGCUCUUCUUCAGAUCACCAAGAGCCAAGCAUAGAUGCUGUGACCGAGUUGCCCUUGGCGCAAAAGGACACCAAGAAAGAACUACCCAAUACGGGCAUGACAUGUGCCGUAAAGAACCUUUGGGAGGGAGAAAGAAAAUGCACUUGUUGUGUAAAUUGGAUCGAAGAGUACCCCGAAGAUGUGACGCCUAACCCCGAAGAGACCGACGCCGUUCAGCGUUACGCUCUCAUUGUACGAAACAAGCGAAGCCAUGGUGUCUCGGGCAAAGCAAUGAUAGUCCACACCAUCGUGGUUCAGAGUCCGUUGCUCAAGCCAAUGCUCGAGGAAGUCUUCGACGGAUAUGAGGGAGUAACCGCAGGUCUGAAAAAAGUUACAUUCACCACUCCCUUCGCUCCGUUCUUCUAUCGAUGGUCUCAAUUCAAGAAGUCUGUGCAGUCACAAAUCGAUGAGGAAACUCGUUCUCACGCCAAUCUCUUGUAUGAUGUCCUUGCUAGCGAGCUCGAUGAGACAGUGAGCACUUAUCAAGAUCUCCUCUCCCACGGUGUCAUUACCUACAAACACCUCUGGACGCUGUUCAAGCCGGGUGAUUUCAUUCUUUGUCAGGUUGAUGGCGAACAAAUGAUGAUGCGCCUCAAGACCUCUAUGCCGCAGUCUGCUGGCCUGUGCUUGCAUGCCAAAUAUAUUGAUUGGGAUGGAUUCAACUUCGGAUAUGCCUCGUAUACAUUUACCAUUCAAGCAUUCGAAGGAACCAAACCAAUAACCGACCUUGAAGCCUACCCAAUACAGUUCCAUAGCGACUCGGCUGCCAUUGAGAGCAGACUUGCAGCACGAGGCAAAAAGUUCGAACAAUUGCAAGGCUACCACUACAAGAAAUACAAUGGAACUGCUCACUUCGCUUCAAUGGUCUUUGGCAAUCGCACAAUUCCUGCGAGACAGCGUACAGUCGAUGGGCGAAUCAUCAUCCACGCUGAGAUGUAUUGCCGUUACAAUCUUUUGGAGUGCCCGCCACUCGAGCCUCUGGGCUCUAUUAACUUCGCUCCAAACCUACCUUCAGAGCUUGAGCCAGUUCACAUGGCUAACCAAUUCUUGCCACCUCCGCCUCCACCUCCUCCACCAGGGUUCCCCAUGCAUCAUCCACCGCCACCGCCUAUGCCUAUGCCUAUGCACCCCGGUUCAAUGGGUCCACCACAAACGGGCGCUCAGGGUAAGCGCUCUAAACGCAGGGGCCGAAGUAAACCUCAACAACGUACUUACGAGUUCCUUGAUUUAGAACCCAAGGUCCUCUCCGAGGAUUUGCAUCCGAUUUGCUCGCCAAUCGUGAAAGGCUAUUCCCUGAAAACCAAGAACUGGGCCAAGUUCAAGGUCAAGGAUGUGCAUGAGAUUGUCUGGGACGACCGUGCUUUCGACAGCCUCGUCCUGCCCGAGGGCUACAAGAACCUCAUACUCUCGUUCACAAGGUCACAAAAUGCUUGUGAAACAGUCAUGGACGACGUGAUUGAAGGAAAAGGACAGGGCAUUACGAUCCUUCUUCUGGGAGAGCCAGGUGUCGGAAAGACGUUGACUGCGGAGUCAGUCGCUGAAUAUAUGCGGGUUCCACUUUACUCUAUGAGUGCCGCCCAGCUGGGAGUUGAUAGUGAAACGGUAGAGACACAGCUAGGUGACAUCCUUGAGAUGGUCACGAAAUGGAAAGCUAUCCUACUUCUCGAUGAAACCGAAGUCUUCCUCGAACAACGUACCAUCGAGAGUCUAGAACGCAACAAGCUCGUAUCCAUCUUCCUUCGUAUGCUGGAGUAUUACCGAGGAGUACUCUUCCUCACAACGAACCGAGUUGAAGUUCUCGACAAGGCUUUGGAAUCACGUAUUCAUCUCAAGAUAUCCUACCCUGAACUCGACCGAACGGCCCGCCUGCGUAUCUGGCACAAUCUGGUUGGACUCUUGCCUCCCGGUAGUGUUGGCCUAGAUCCGUCCGAUCUGGACUUCCUCUCUCACCGAAAGAUGAAUGGACGCGAGAUUAAGAAUGUGAUCAAAACAGCUCAGUUGCUCGCCAGCGGUCAAGACCGUGCACUUGAUUUGGAUGACAUUGACACCGUAUUGCGGAUUACCCAGAUUGGUUCAGACUUCAAGUCGUCCCAGGACUGA